AUGGGAUCCGGCCGUCGAGCGGUGCUCCCUGCGGGGUCGCGAGUGGCAUGCCUCGCUUCCUGGGAUAACCUCUACCACGCUGGAGAGGUGGUAACCACCAGACGUGCUGCUGAUAGGGAUGGCAAAGGGGCUGGUUCGGCACCAGGUUCGGAAGCAGCAGGAGCGGCGCAUGCGAACAAAGGAGUUGAGCUCAUAGAUGCUUCUUCAGUGGAGUACUAUAUACACUACGUAGAAUACAACAAGCGGCUGGACGAGUGGGUGGGGGAGAGCCGAGUGGAACCAUGGACCACCAUGGAUGCCCAUGAGGAUGAGCAUGAGCAUGACCAUGGGUAUGGGCAUGACCAUGUGCAUGGGCAUGUGCAUGGACAUGUGCAUGGGCACGACCAUAGCUAUCAUGAUGACCUAAAAUAUGAUCAUGAUUUAAAGCAUGAUCAAGACUUAAAGCCUGAUCAUCAUGUGCAUGGCCAUGUUCGUGAGCAUCCCUACAACCACAGCCACAAGAAUGAGCAUGAGCAUGAUGAGCUUAUCCGAAGCCACGGUCAAGGGCAUGCUGACGUGGAUGUCAAGAGGCGGGCUGAGCUGGCUGCUGACGUGGACACAGAGGCCCACUCCCCUGCUGCAGAUGGACCCAAGAGGAGACGCCUAGACAUGCCUGACGCUCCUGCUGAUCCAGGCCUGCAAGUAGGGACACUCCAGGCGGGUCAAAAGCUUGACACCAGGGCUGCUUCAGGGGUGAAAGGGGAACCCAGCUCUGCUGCUGCUGCUACUGCUGCUGCUGGUGUAGGUGUAGAGUCGGGAAGGGGGGGCAGGAAUGUCGAUCGAGCAGCAGCAAAUAAGGGAGGCGAAGGAGGGGUGAAGGGGGCUGGUGGUGAGGAGGUAGGGGAGGAUGCGGCUGCGUGGGAGCGGCAGAUGCGAGUGAAGAAUUUUGAGACGGUGGAGAUCGGUGACCAUGAGAUUGACACGUGGUGA